GCCUACUAAAAGCUUUGUCUCUUCCUCAGCUUGAAUUAAUGUCACAUCCAUUACAUCAUGGGCGGGUUAAAAGAAGAUAUAGCAUUUGAUCCUCCCUGCCACCCGCGAGCAUGCGCCAUCCAAGCGUGCUUGACCAAGAACUCCUACCAAGAGGAAAAGUGUCAGGCUCAGAUAAACGCAUUGUAUGAAUGCUGCAACGCGUUUUACGAGCAAAAAGGCGACGACGCGAAGACUCCGAGCUGCCCCAAACCCAACCUGCUCAAACUCAAGAUGAAGCAGCGUGGACAAGAAACUUAGCUCUUCGCCUACGUUUUCCUUCUUGUUAUAUAGAUACGACGUACAUACUAGACCUCGCGAGUGAAUAUAUCGAGACCAGACGCUUUGUUUGACUGGUAUCAAGUUGGCGUAUUG